AUGAAGUUUGAAACAACCUCAUACAAAAACAUGCUGAAUUUGUUUCGACCACUUAUUAUUAUUAUGUUCAUCUGUGGAUACAAUUUUAAAACAUUUACUCCCAGUUUGUUAAGAAAAGUGAUAGCGCAGCUUUACAGCCUCAGUUUAGUAAUCAUCGUCUCAUAUUGUACAAUGAACUGUUGUAACGUCAUCAACCCGUCCCAGUUCAUGUCUCUCCUCGAAUACGAUUUCAGUGUCCUCGUUUCUAUGAUCUAUAAUAGCAAAAUCCUCAAGUUUAUCUCCGGCCUCAAGUGCUUAGAUGGUUAUCUCAGAAUCAAUAAGCGCCAUUACACGAUUAUCAAAUUCAGAUUUUUCUUCAUUGCAGUAACACUGUGGAUUAUUAGAAUCAUAUACACGACUUUAAGUUGCACUUCGAGUAACUGUUUUUAUUCUUUCUUUCCAUUUACGUUGAAUAUUUUCUCGUCAUUAGCUCUAGAUUUGAAUAGAGUUUGGAGAUUCACAAUUUUAAAUACUAUCCGGUUUAGGAUUAAACUGUUACGGCGCAGAUUGGAAGAGGAUCCUGAGGAAAACUAUUAUUUAUACGCAGUAAAAAUGAAGACAGUAAAGGAGGACAAAUUAAAGUUUUGUCUUUUUAUCUACAGACAAAUUGGGAAUAUGGUGGACCUUAUCCAACCAGAGAUGCAUGCGCAGAUGUUUGUAAGUAUAAUCUGUGGUAUUCCAAAGCUUGUGGUCGAUAUCUAUCAUAUUCUCUUAGUUAUUGAAAAUCACGAGCCAAUAACAGCUUUGGGGUUCACUGUAAUGCAUAUAAUUCAUGUUUCGUUUUUGCUCAUGUCUCCAUCCGUCGUAAUCGAAUUGUUUCAAGUUGAGAUUGAGAAAAUUAGAUUACAUUUGAUACACCAAAUAAUUGAUAGUAGUGAUCCAAAGACGAAAGAAGAUGCCCAAAUUUUUCUCCAAUACUCCGAAAUAAGAUCAAUAAAGAGCAAACUAUGGAGAUGUAUUCCUAUAAAUAUAGCAUUGCCGUUGGACAUUUUAAAUAUUUGUUACUCUGCAAUAAUUGUCAUUAUUAAUUUUACAGAUUUAUAUUAA